AUUCUAACGGGGUUACAGUGAAGUAUGGUUUCGGAGGACGAAAGAAAUGCUGCUACUUUCAUAGCACAGAAAAUAAAGAUAGAUGAGUUGAUGAACAUGGAGAUGGUGAAAGGAGACAUAUGGUACAUCCUUUCUAUUAGCUGGUGGACAAAGUGGGAAGGAUUUGUAGACCUAGUGUCCAAAGGUGGGGUGGUAGACGAGACUUCUGAAGAGUAUCCAGGGUCGGUUAACAAUAGUGAUAUAUUAUGUGGUGGAAAGUUGAAAGAAAACUUACUCCUGGAGAAUGAUAUCACCCUGAUACCCGAAGACGCCUGGAAAUUGUUUGUCGGCUUUUAUGGUUGUGUGCAUUCAAACACAUCUGUUUUUGAACGCCGUGCUAUCCAAGCACCAAAAUCUGUAGAAGUUGAACUGUACCCACCACACUAUUCGUUUUACUUGAAUUCCACGAAUUCCAGUGCCACAUUCAUCUUCGAAGGAACCUAUUGCAAAUUCCAGACAAUACGAGACCUGAAAUUGUUGGUUGCACAGCACCUCAGAACUGCAUCGGGUGUAAAUAUUCGACUGUUGAUACACAAUGAAAGAAGCGAAUUUGAGGAGCUAGAUGAAGAUGAUGCAACCAUAGAAGAGGCAAGCUUGGAGCGCGAAAAAGUUAUUUACGUUCAACUGGAACCGAGAAAUGGAAUACACACUGAAACACAUGUGGAUAGUUCACGCGUCAAACCAAUCGAUAUAUCAGGUGCUCGAUCUGGAUCGCAAAUGUUGUCCUUACAUGGAUCUAGCGCUCAGUUAGUACCUGGAGUUUGCGGUUUGAAUAAUUUAGGAAAUACAUGUUUUAUGAAUAGUGCCAUUCAGUGUAUGUCAAAUGUCCCUGCGCUGACAAAUUAUUUUCUAACCGGCAAAUGGAAAUCAGAACUGAAUGUACGCAAUCCACUGGGAUCUCAAGGAAGAAUUGCUACUGCGUAUGCUGAUCUCAUCAAACAACUUUGGUCUGGUACACGACCGUAUGCUGUCCCUCGUGAUUUUAAGAUUGAAAUUGCACGUAUUGCUCGUCAGUUCUCUGGAUAUGCUCAACAUGAUACUCAUGAAUUACUUGUUUUCUUACUGGAUGGACUACAUGAAGAUUUGAACAGAAUACAAUCAAAGCCAUACAUCGAAGUUAAAGAUUCCGACGGUAGACCGGAUAUCGAAGUAGCAAAUGAAGCUUGGCAAUACUACAAGUCACGAAAUGACUCGAUCAUUGUAGAUCUAUUCCACGGACAACUGAAGUCUACUGUAAUUUGUCCUACUUGUCAAAGAAAGUCGGUCACAUUUGAUCCAUUUGCAUCAUUAAUUCUGCCUAUACAAGAAAUAUGCAGAUAUACAGUACGUGUUUAUAUCUGGCCAUGGGUAUCUAACAAACGUCAACUCACUUUAGUAGAACUGACAGUUCCGACUAUACCUUGUGCUCAGAAUAUAACAGAAGCUCUUGAACAAGAACGUCCACUACAUCCAGGCUGUCAGUACUACAUACCAAACAAAUCUUUUGAUCGUUCAAGAUAUUCGCCUUCAUUCGCCUACGAGUUGACUGAAGGCUUUCCCAUACCUGUCCACUGGAUAAAUGAUAGCAUUGGACAAGGUGUCAACUUAACAUUCUACAUUAGUGUACCAAUCAAUGAUAAUAUUACAGGAAUGACAAUUACUGUUUCCGAAGAUUUACUCAUCAAAUAUAUAGUUGACCGUCUAAAUGCUAUUGGUGUAGACUGUAAGAAAACUGAAUAUUCACCUGGUGAAUUAACACAGCUGGAUGAUCGAAAUUCUGGAGAUCCAGGUGGUGGUGCUUCAGGCUCUUUGACCAGCAUUCAUCACAAUUCCCAGUUAAAUCCGACAUCUACAAAAUCAUUUAAUCCCUGUGAAGAGUCAGAGGAAAUCAGCGAACGUGUUCUAGAUAAUCUGUCUACAUGCCUUAAAGGACGUUUAUGUCUAAAAGAUUCUCGUGGACAUGAUUGGCUAUCUGAGUCAGACAACGGUUUAAUAUCCCUUCCAUGUUCUGAUAAUUAUUACAGUAUCAUAAUGAACUUGCAAGGUCUAGAAAUACGACAACAACUCAAUGAUAUUCGAAAUCGUACACAGCACCAUCCUAUUACUCGAGUAAACCAAACAUUGAAACUUUCAGAUUGCUUUGAACGCUUUACUGAUGUAGAACAGUUGGGCUCUAGAGAUUUAUGGUAUUGUAAUCGUUGCAAAGCUGAGAAGCCUGCUACGAAGAAAUUUGAUCUGUGGAAGCUUCCAGAUGUUUUAGUGGUGCAAUUGAAACGUUUCCGAUCCCACUUGCGAUUUCAUGAUAAAAUUGAUACGUUGUUGGAGUUUCCACUAACGGGAUUGGAUUUGACGUCACAAGUACUCGAGAAACAGUCUAACGAUAAAUUCAUAUAUGACUUAGUAGCUGUGAGCAAUCAUAUGGGAUAUUUGGGUGGUGGUCAUUACACAGCGUUCGCUUUAAAUGCUCAUGUCAAUCGAUGGUACUACUUUGAUGAUUCUUCUACACGGGAAGUUGAUCCAUCUAAAAUUGUAGUAAGUUAUAGUUUUUUUCUUUUUGUUUGCUAGUCACAGCUAACAUAUUGUUAGCUGACUUAAUUGUUCAGAUGUCUCGUUAUUCUGAUUAUUAUUAUUUUCUCCUGUAACACGUGGAUGUACUACUUUCCAACCUGUAUCCUAAAACAUUUUAACUUUUGCAACAGAUUUUUGCAGUGACCAACAGAAUGAUGCAUUUUGUAGUGAUAUAAAAUGUUCCACAAUAAAAGUCUACGGUGAUAUCAUAUCACAGUGGCUAGGUAGAUCUUAUUCACUCACCACAUGGGUUAUUUAUUUACUUAAACAAAAUAACUUGAUACAAUAUGGCACCAAGAAGACGUGCCACACAAUAAUAAAACAACAUUGGAGAUUAAAAGUAAAAAUAUAGGUAGAGAAUUGAUAAAGUACUUCAUCUGUGAGGAAAGCAAUCAUAUAUAACAAGUUCAAACAGCAGUCGUCAAUUAUCAUCGGAAAAGAAGGGAAUUGCAGCACGUUCGCCAUUCAUUGAGACUCUUGGCCAUAUCCGAUAACCUUUCCAACACAAGAGUCCUUCAUCCCACGACGCCAUGUCAUGGCUGACUACCUCUCCGCUUUCUUCAUCCGUCCCAGGGCUAGUGAACAGAGUUUUUUACGGAAGCCUGGGGAGUCCAGUCGAGUAAUGCAGCUUGGGCUCUAACACUUAGUGUGACACCGACACCAGUCACGCCGGAUGCCGACGCCACAGGGUUCUCGGAUAAGCGCAGGUGGUACAUACUAUUCAAACUUUCAGCUGGAGAAGAUAGUUGAAGCACUUCAAUGCGGGUCUCCGAAAUGCAGUAGACAUCGAUAGCUAGGCUUCACAAUGCUCUUGCCAAACCUGUCUGUUAUCCGAUUUGCAUCAGCGUCCGAACAUUUUAGGUGGACACCUCGAAUGUAGGAUACUUGUGUUAGAUGUUGCAAUGGGGACCACCAUUUUGAAGGUUGUUGACUGAUAUUUCGAAACAGCACAGAUGGUUUGAGAAUUGGGACAAAGGUGGAGGAGUGACGGAAAUGAAGACGCCAAGGAUAACAAGAGUAAAGCACAAAAGCUUUUGUAUAAAAAUAAGAUCAAAAAGAAAUGCAUCACUUGAAAUAUCAUUAGUGCUCGAGAGUAUUGUAGAGAGCGUGCGAUUAAUUUCUCUGAUAGUUCUCUGUUUCAUUUCAUUGAUUUUGUGAGGGCUGAGAUACUGCCUGGGCGUUCAGACCAAAGCAGGAGGUUCUAAAGGACCAUACCCCUAGCCUUUAACUUGGAGUGUAAUCUGAGAGACAGCGGAGCAGCUUCAGGAGCUCCGUCCCCAUGGUUGCCAGUGUCCAAUACAGGUUCAUACGCCGUCUGAUCCGAUUUGGUUCUGGAGCCCAUAGUAACUACUUUUAGUUUAACCACCAUCUGAACGACCUUCCUGGGAUGGUAGGAACAUGAGUCCCAGCCAGUGUAGGUUGUUGGGUCAAAGCGGUAUUCAAGCCCAACCACCACGAGAUGGCAGCAGUUGUCGGGCGAGCGAAUGGAACGUGAAACCUGGUCAACAACUUGUGUAAAUGUACAAUAAUUACUCAGAAUUCCACAAUGAACGAUUUCACCACAUCACGCUAUUUGCAAUGUUAUCUAAAAUCACUUAGAUAUUUUUGUUAUUAGAAGGCGAUAAUUCUCAAAAUAAAUUCAAGAAUACUUUUCAUUUGACAGAAAUAAGUCUUAUAUAGAUACUGGAUAUUAAUUGUCAUUUUUCCAAUAAACUUAUAUGGAACUAGUCAUUAAAUGUUCAUAAUAUUUGACGAUGCAUUCAUCUAGGUGGCUGAUCGACACUAACUGCUGGUAUAAUCAUAGACAUUGCAUCGUAUUGAUACAUAGCUUGUUUAAAUAAUCUUGGCAAGUAGAGUAAAACAGUUCUUCAAGAAUACACCAUAGUAUUAACGGUAGCUUAAAUCAAAUAUUGUUGAUAAUCUAUGUGUUGAGACCGAAGUGAAGGUUUCACCUCAUUACUUGCAGUGUUAAUGUACGGCAAUUUCAGCAGCUAAUAUUGUAAUAAGAUGACAUUUUUGGAUAACAGUCGUUUUUUAGUUUUAUUGAAUUUUAUUGGAAUAUUAUUAUGGUAACUCUAAACGAAACCAACUAAUGAACGGAUUAAUGACCUUGAGCAACUAGUCAAAUGACUCCGUAGUAUUUAAAGGCAAUUAUGGGCGCUGUACACGAAUUACGUAGCAAACUUCUUUUAAAUCUAAUAUGUAAGUACUACUUAGGCAACAGGCUCAUUGGAAGGAAGAAAACGUGUAGGCAAGUAUCAUCUCUGGACUACAUUCACAAUCUGGUAAGUGAUACGGACAAUUUUGUUAAUCCUUUCGAUGGGACUCACACAAGUUCUUUCGAAAGUUUCUAGAAUCACUUUAAAAGAAGGAUCAGAGAGGCGAAUGAAUCAAGAAACACAAUGAUUUGCAAUUACCUCGACGAAUGUAUACACAAAAAUUGGCUUAACCUAACUAUGAGGAAUCCUAUGAAAAAUUGGGAGGUGUCCUUGAAACAUAUAUAAGGACCUUAUUCCAUGUAACUACUUUUUAUAUUGCUUUACUUUUGUUUAAACUUUUUAAAUUACGCACCUCUACUGCAAACGUAUCUGAUUGGCCCAUGAAGAUUUGUCAAGGUCUUUAUUAAGUAGUUUCGUUUCGGGCCGCUUUAGUCUAGUGCCACCGUUAUUAUUAUUAUUAUUUUCAUUACUAUUAUUAGAGUCCAAGCAAGUGAAUAAUUCUUACAAGUCCGUACUUGUUGCGCUUGGUUAAAUGCAAGAUUACAGCUGUGGAAAAAAACAGUAUUUUGUAAAUCCUUAAAUUUCUGUCGGACUCGUCAGUUGAAUACCCUCUUCUCCAUGUUUUCGCACCUUAAUGGUGCAACCCAAUUGUUCAGUCCAUUAUAUAAACAUGUGUACUACACCAAGAAGCUCUGACGAUUAGUCAUGUUUACAUCAGAACUGUUAUAUGUCUAGUUCCAAAGUACUUAAAAAGAUGUCAGCAAGUUCGAGGGUAUUGUAUUCUAGAAACUAGUCUAAUUUCUACUAUGACAAACGUUGUUAGUCAUGUAAAUUUUUUACAAUCUCUCACUGAAUCCUUCUACUUUAUAGACUAAUGCAGCUUACGUGUUGGUGUAUGUUCGCCGUCGAGUUGGUCAUAUGUUGUUGAUGUGCAGUGAGAACAAAAGUAAUGACCAAGAACAAGAAGACUCCUCAUCUGAAACAGAUGAAAAUAGUCUUUCAAAUAGUAGUCUGUCUCCAGAUCAAUAUCCAACUUCUAAAGCUUAUAUUCAUGACAAUCGAGCGAGAAAUGUUAAUUCAUCCAUAAAUCUGCAAGAUCAAGAUUUGAUGGAGAUUGAGUGAAUAAAAUGCCUUCGCGUCUUCUUACAGUUCAACAACUCCCCUGACCUAAUUAUAUUCGUCAUGCCAAUUCGCUUCGAAAGAAACUGUAGUCGAUAUCAUUCUGAUUAUAAUGUUUAUUUAAUGGUCCUUUUAUUCGAUAAAUCAAGCUCUUUCGAAUUUUACAGUUAUGUGACAAACCUUCAAACAUAAUGUUCUUAUGGUUAAUGUGGUCUAAUUUCGCUCUCCUUAUUACCUUAUAAUUCUCCUAGCUAUGUUUGAUUAUUUAUUUUUGGUCACAAAUACGGGUUUUCUUUGUGAUUCGCUUCUCGUCCCACUAGAUGUAUAUUCACUUCGUAAUAAAUAUAUGAAUGGAUGAAAUUU